ACUUCGGCCGAGGCAGAUGCGGAUGUCCUUACUCUCGAUGCAAAGGCCCUACAGGCGCUUUUGACUCAGGGGCAAGUCACGAGUUAUGGUCUUGUCAAGAGAUAUUUAGCGCAAAUAGCGCAACAUGAUGAUAAGCUUCGGGCUAUGAUUAAGACCACUCCCGUUGAGCUGCUAGAGGCGACAGCUAGAUCUUUGGAUGAAGAACGCGCAUCUGGAAAGACCAGGGGACCAUUACAUGGCAUUCCUAUACUUAUCAAGGAUAACGUUGCUACUCAUCCAAGCCUCGGGCUCCCAACUACUGUGGGCAGUCUGGCGCUUCUGAGCUCGAAGCCGAGCAAAAAUGCCCAAAUAAUUGACCAGAUUAUUGAUGCCGGACUUAUAAUAAUGGGGAAGACUAACCUUCCGGAAUUUGCCAAUGCUCGGGGAUCUAAGAUGCCGAAUGGUUGGUCUGCAGUUCGCGGCCAAACAGAAUCCGCCUACGUUCGCGGGCGAGUAGACCAAGACGACACUCCCGAAGGCCAAUGGAAUCCGUCUGGAUCAUCUACAGGCUCCGCUGUCGGUGUUUCAGCCGGGUACGCUCCCAUAGCCAUCGGAACCGAGACAGAUGGGUCCCUUAUAAGUCCUUCAAACCGUGCCGCACUGUAUACAAUUAAGCCAACGAUUGGCCUUGUUUCUGGAGAAGGCAUCAUUCCAAUUUCCAGCAACUUUGACUCUGCGGGACCGAUGACGAAGUCGACCUAUGAUCUAGCUGUGCUUCUGGAUGUUCUUGUUACGGAACCAGCAUCUGAGUCCUUUACAAAUAGUCUGGCAGGGUCUUGGACCAACAUCUCGGUUGCUGCUCUUGACCCUGUCGUAUGGAAAUCGAAAAUAGAUGAUGACGAGCCAGAUUACGGCGCUCGAGAUCAAAUUAAUCGAGAAAUCCGAGAGGCUUACAAAGUCAUCGAGGAGAAGGCAAAGAAAUUUGUCAACAAUAUCGAUCUCAUAUCUCCCGAUGAAUUCAAAAUCGAUGGCGAGAGUUGUGAAUGGACGAUUAUUCAGGCCGAUAUGAAGCCCCAGCUCAAUACCUACCUCGAGAACCUUGAGGAGAGCGAUGUCAGAUCCCUCGCGGAGAUCAUUGCCUUCAACGAGAAGCAUGCUGACUUAGAGCUUCCUCCCCACCAUCCUAGACAAGAUACUCUUAUCAAGUCCCAGAACGACACCACUUCUGCCGAAGAGUACGAGCGCAAUCUAUCUUUUUUGAGGCACAUGGGCCGCGAGAAAGGUGUAGAUCUAGCACUCAAGACUCAAAAUGUGGAUGUUAUAAUCGGCCCAGCUGAUAGUGAUCUCUCUUCAAUGGCGUCUGCUACUGGAUACCCAAUCUGUGCGAUGCCACUAUCCUACCUUGACUUAAACGGUCGUCCAUUUGGAAUGGCAGCAAUUACAGGAAAACACCAGGAGCACCUACUGAUCAAAGUUAUGAGUGCGUGGGAAGCUACUUUCCCUGCUCGACAGCCUCCGCCCCAGCUGGUCAACCACGCGGGCAGUCUUUAA